UCCUUCACCCGUGAGCAAAUUUGAUCCCCGCCGCGGCCGAGCCCAGAAAUAGCCGCACAAUCCGCCCCUUCCAUCGCCGCCGCCGCCGCCGCCGCCGCCGCCACCACCACCGCCGGCCGGCAGCGUCGCUUUCCCCUCUAUUUAUACCCGGCCUCCUCCGCCCGUCUUCCCCAGGCAGGCGCACCUCUAGCCCCUGCCCCCUUUCCCUUUUCCCCCAAUAAAAUCACCCGAUUCCCAAUCCCAGAUUAUUCCUCCCUCCAUACCCAGGGGAAGGAAGGAAAGAAGGAAAGAAGGGGAAGGGAUUGCUACAUAUACGCGCCUGGGAGGAUCAGACGGAAGGCAUCGCGCCGAUUCUUGCCUUCUUUGUUCCCCUGAUCCUUCCUUCCAUCCGGAGUCCGUUGCGUCUUGUCGUCCGGGAGAAGAAAGAGUAGCAGGAUUGGAUUCUUGGUCUCUGUUGUCUCGCACGACAGCAGCAGAGCAACGACAACGGCGUCGUGCACGAAGAAGAUGCGGGCGCUGGAGGACGAGCUCUUCCCGUCGACCCCGGGCAAGGUGAAGAUCGAGCGGGCCGGCGGCGCCAUGAACCGGCAGCUGCACCGCUGCUUCGCGUCCACCAGCACCAUGUUCCUCUGGGCGCUCUUCCUCGUCGCCAUGACCGCCUCCUACCUCAGCUUCCAGUCCUUCGUCGACACCUCCUCCAAGUACUUCCAGGCCUCCUGGGGCGGCCUGCACUGGGAGCGCCAGAUCCGUUCCUCCGCGGCCCCCCGCCGCCCGCCGGGCUCCUCCCCCAACGCCGGCAUCUCCGUCCUCGUCACCGGCGCCGCCGGCUUCGUCGGGGCCCACUGCUCCCUCGCCCUCCGCAAGCGCGGCGACGGCGUCGUCGGCAUCGACAACUUCAACGCCUACUACGACCCGUCCCUCAAAAAGGCCCGCAAGGCCCUCCUCGCCUCCCACGGCGUCUACCUCGUCGACGGCGACAUCAACGACGCGCGCCUCCUCGCCAAGCUCUUCGACGUGGUCCCCUUCACCCACGUCCUCCACCUCGCCGCGCAGGCCGGGGUGCGCUACGCCAUGGAGAACCCGUCCUCCUACGUGCACUCCAACGUGGCCGGCCUCGUCACCCUGCUCGAGGCCUGCAAGAGCGCCGACCCGCAGCCGGCGCUCGUCUGGGCGUCCUCCUCCUCCGUCUACGGCCUCAACGACGCCGUCCCCUUCUCCGAGUCGCACCGCACCGACAGACCCGCGUCGCUCUACGCCGCCACCAAGAAGGCCGGCGAGGAGAUCACGCACUCGUACAACCACAUCUACGGCCUCUCCGUCACCGGCCUCCGCUUCUUCACCGUCUACGGGCCCUGGGGCCGCCCCGACAUGGCAUACUUCUCAUUCACCCGCAACAUCCUGCAGGGGAAGCCCAUCACCGUGUACCGCGGCAAGGACCACGUCGACCUCGCCCGCGACUUCACCUACAUCGACGACAUCGUCAAGGGCUGCCUCGGCUCGCUCGACACCGCCGGCAGGAGCACGGGGUCCGGCGGCAAGAAGCGCGGCCCGGCGCCGUACCGGAUCUUCAACCUCGGCAACACGUCGCCGGUCACCGUGCCGACGCUCGUCGCCAUCCUCGAGAAGCACCUCCGCGUCAAGGCCAGGAAGCACGUCGUCGAGAUGCCGGGGAAUGGGGAUGUCCCGUUCACGCACGCCAACAUCUCCCUCGCCAGGCACCACCUCGGGUACAAGCCCACCACCAACCUCGACGCCGGCCUCAAGAAGUUCGUCAAGUGGUACCUCUCCUACUACGGCUACACCAGGGGAUCAUCCAAGAACUUGUGACCGACCCAGCAAUCCUCCUGCCUGCCUGCUGAUUCUUUGUUUCCUCGUCGGACCGUGCCGAGCUGAUGGAGCAAACAUUUUUAGACAGACUCAGACUCAACUCAAACCCGGAUGGAUGGAUGGAUGGGUGGAUGGAUGGAUCAUCCAACAUUAACAUUCUUGUCCUGAUUGAUUCUUUUGGGGAAUUGUUUUAGGGUGUUCUCCGAUGAAAACAAACUCCGUAUCGAA